GAGAGAAUCAAGCAGAAAAAAAUUACUUUUGUUUGUAUUCCUACCAACUCAUUCAGUUUAAUUGUAUUAUUGUGCACUAGUAUUUUAUAUCAUUAAUGUUUAAAAUUUAAGAAUAAGAGUGGAUUUCCUUUGAAUGUUGAUUAAUAUGAGCUGUCAUUUAUUGAUUCACUCUCUUUGUUUCCAAUGUGUUACAGUAUAAAGAGACUCCACUUCACAGGCUGUCAAAAGCCAAACAUAAAUUCAGAGAUCACCUUAAUAUUGCAAGACUUCUUUUGGAUGCCGGGGCUGAUGUAAAUAUAAAGAAUGAGGUAUUGCAGUUCCAUUGGUGAUGUGGAAGAUAAAAAUAAGACCAAUUCAAUAAAAAAUUUGCUUACAGCUUGAGCAGUGGCUGAUCUAGGAUUAAAGAAUGGAGGAUGGCUAGGUAGUGUAUACAGGUUGUUCAUGGAGGCCUCGACCCCAGAACUUUCCACAUUCUGAGGUCUGUUAAUGAUGUUGAAGUCUCAUACAAAUAAAUAAAAUAAUUCUGGCUUUUCUGUUGACGGAUAAUAUCAACAAGACUAGAUGAAAUUAUUUGAUAAUAUGAUGAUAAUGAUUACAUAAACAGCAGCACAGUAUCAGUAGUGGAGCCUAAUAUGAGAGAAGAGAGUCCAUGGCUGGGGUGAAUGAGGGUGGGAAUGAGGUUUGCUUAAUUGUAGGUUAUUUGGUAAAAUGUAAACCACUCCACAAAGCAUCUUGAGUUUAUAAAUGUUAACUUUGUUUCUAUUACUUGGUAUAAAGGGAUUGCUCUUGUCUAGGCGUAUGUAUUUUUGUGGGAAAGGUUAUCCACCCUAUUCACUUCUCCCCAUCCUAGAUCUAUUCUUGCUUGAGUUAUUUAAAUAGCUGUUGUUGCUGCUUGAUUGAUUGACAAAGAUUCUGAAGACCACUGGUACAGUAAUAUUAGCACAACAAGCGAUUGUGUUGUUGGAAUGGUCUUAUAAUCAAUACUUAUGAUUGAAUCUUUGCAAGAUAUAAAAGAAAAUUGCACUGAUAUGUACGUAUAAUAUUUCUUUUAGGAUACUUCUUGUGAUUAUUUUUGCGUGAUACUUUCUAUGAAGUAUUUUUUAAAGUAGAAUGAUCGAUAUUGAUUUGUUUUAAAUUUUAUGUGUUAUUAUUUUUACAGGCCAAUCAGACACCACGUGAUCUCUAUAUAAAGAAUAAAUGUCAGAGGUAUGAUUCUACAAAUAGAGAAAAACACAAGGAAGAAGUCUUGCAACUUCUGCAAGGGAUUGCAGUCCCAGAAGUAAUUAUGGCUAGAGGAGAAGCAGCUCUGAAGGUUUUUAAUGAGGAGUUGGAAGAUGGCAAAAUCACAGUAAACCACGCACGAUUAAUGAUGACUGGAAAGGAGGGCGUUGGAAAAACGUGUUUGGUAAAAACUCUGCUUGAAAAACCAUUUAAUGAAGCAGAACCAUCAACCGAUGGAAUUGUUUUGACUACUGCUUUCCAAACUACUGGUGUUGGUUGUAAGUGGAAAGAAACUGAGGACAUGGACGAGUGUGAAUGGAUUAAGCUGAUAUAUAAUAAUGAAUUAGAAGGUAGAGUUGCUGAGAAAUUAAAACUGAAAGGUAAUCAAACAGAGGGAGUUGAAUCGACACCUCCACCAGCACUAGAACCAGCACCUCAACCAGAACCUUCACCUCUACCAGCAGCAGAACCGGCACCUCAACCAGCACCAGAACCAGCACCUCUACCAGCACCUCAACCAGCACCUCUACCAGCACCUCUACCAGCACCUCUACCAGCACCAGCACACAUGCCUAAAAGAACGAGAACCCAGAAAUUAAUUAGGCGUGUGUUCUCUCCAUUCAGCAAAAAAAGGAGAAAAGGAAAAUCAUCUAUCACACUAGAGGUAAGACAACCUGAGGCUGUAUGUGUUUUUCACACAUCAUGAAACAAACUUAACUAUAAAAUGUGCAACUAAUUUGUUUUUAUUUUAUUUUAUUUCAACAAUAUUUUAUGAGGGUGGUGAAUCCAGCUGGAGCUAAACAUUAGGGAGCCUCAAUACAUAACACAAGUAACAAAGGAAAUAUAAAUGGUUAACAAAGAAAUUAAAAUGAUAGAAUAAUAUUAAAAACCAAGUAACAAAGGAAAAGAAAUCAUUACUACAUAUAUAUAUAUUAUAUAAAUAAAAUUUAAAAUAAAAUCAAAUUGACUAAAAAAAAAUUAAAAGAAGAAUAAUAAUGGCAAAAUAAAGAAAAUAACGAAGUUAAAAUUCAAACAAAUUAAAAAAAAAUACAUAUAAGUUUAGGGCCAGCCUGAAGAAAAAAAGAGAUGUGGUGGGUGGGGGGAGACAGAGGGAAAAAAUAUUAUAUAUAAACCACGGAAAGAGAGAGAUAGCUUUUGAGGUUACAUUUAAAGGAUCAGAUGCUUGUAGAAUUUCAGCUUUUUAAAGGGAGUGAGUUAAAAAGCGAGGGGGCAUUGAAGCUGAAACAAAGUUUAAACAAUUCUAAGCAGGGCCUAGGAAUAAGGAGAUCACCUAAACAAGAACAGCUUACGAAAAUACAAACUAACAACAGAAGAAUAGAAAAACUGAAAACAAAAAAACCAAAGGUACAU